AACACACGCAUGCCUGUCACCCACCCCUGGCGCGCGAGAAGACACACCGCUCUGGCGGAGUCAUAACAGGCGGAGAAUUGCGGGGGGAAACGAAGGCAGCCGGAAAACCAUCUUUGGUAUGACGAUGAAACUGUAAAAUAAAUACUCCAGGGGCAACAGGCAGGCUGUCCCUGCAGAACCAAUCUGCAGAGUGAGGGAGACACACGGAGAUUGACCAGAACACAAGACGGCAAGAGAGGCUGUCUGGCUCCAUGUCUGCCCCUGUCCCUUCCACCCGGAGGUCUGCCUCGGGCUCACGCAGACGGACAGCUGCCCCAGUCAGCAACCGAGAUCCUUAUGGAAAUGCCUCUCUCAGCAGCAGCAGCACUAACUCUGGCUCAUGCAAGGGCAGCGACUGCAGCCCUGUCAAGGGGCGUCACAUGAAGGGGUAUACCUCAUGCACAGAUAACCAUGGCAUCCGGCCCCCUCCCCCAGAGCAGUACCUCACGCCUCUGCAGCAGAAGGAGGUGUGUAUCAGACACCUGCGGGCCCGCCUCAAGGAGACCGUGGACAGACUGCAGGACAGGGACUCCGAGAUUGAUGAGUUGAGAACCCAGCUCUCCCGUAUGCAGGAGGACUGGGUUGAAGAGGAGUGUCACCGCGUGGAAGCCCAGCUGGCUCUGAAGGAGGCACGCAGGGAGAUCCAACAGCUCAAGGAGGUUGUGGACGUGGUGCGCAACAACCUAAGCUCCAGCGACCCCAAUGACACCGGCGUCCAGAAAUACUUCCAGGAUAUCAAUGUUCAGAACCACAAGCUGGAGACGCUGCUGCUCAGCAUGGAGCUGGCUCAGAACGGAGUGGCCAAGGAGCAGGAGGCUGCCGCAGCGAGAGGAGCAGCAGUGGGGGCUGGGAGGCGUGGAACUGCAGGUUCCUGGCCCGGGAGUAGUCCCCUUGCUAGUGGUACUGGAUUGGGGGGCUCCAAGAGUCUCUGUGGAUCUUGUGAUGUCUCCCCCGCACGCUCUCUGACCCGAAGCUCCACCUACACCAAGCUGAGCGACCACACACUGGCAGAUAAGAACGGUAACGGACUGUCGGGCGAGGAGACGCAUGACAGCGGCUUCGUGUGCUGUGGGGAGAGCCACAGCCACAGCGCGGCCAGUAGCCACAGGGCCGACCUCCUGCUUGAGGCAGCCUUGCUGUCUGAGGAGACCGCAUCGUUGCUCAGCACAUACGCCCACCUACCGCAUUCCUCCACCUACGAGAAGCUGUGCGCCGGGCAGGACAGGGUGGUGCCCCUACACUGUGCCGUGAGCAGCGCCAGCCACCCCUGUCUUUCCCAUCACCACCUGUACCUGCACCACCUCAGGGAGCAGGCCAUACAGACGGAGAGCUGCCCCGUUCCGGCAGGGGCGGGCUACGCCUCGGACCUGGACACCAUCGCCGAGCGCACCUUCCGCUCGCAGGCCUGCAGCCCAACCUCCACCUGGGUCUCUGACGAGGGAGACGACCUGAACGUGGUUACCAUGACAUCAGUCACCGCCACGACUCUCACGGCUAACACAACGGAGCUUGUUCCUGGGCCCCCUUUACCCAGCUCUCCCUCUGUCUCCUGCACAGUGGAUAUGUCCUCCCUGUCAGUGGAGGAGAAUGGGGAGGGGGUUGGGGAGGGGGUUGGGGUUGGGGAGGGGGUUGGGGAGGUGGCAGGGCAGGUGGUCGAGGUGGGCGAGCAGGAGGAGGUAAAUGUGCCGGAGUUGCUUGUGGAGGCAGAUAAUCAGUUGAAAGAAGACGAGAUGGUGAGGGAUCUGAGGAAUGAGGGAGAGGCAGAGGAGGACAGUUCAGGGGAGGGCCGGCCUCACACCUCUCAGCCCAGGAGCAGCUCGCUGCAGCAUGUGGAAACAGCUGGGGUGACUGUAGUGGAGGUGGAUGAUGAUGAAGAUCAGACUGAGGUUCAAGGAGCGCUGGAAGGAGUGGAGGAGUCUACCUCAUCUGGAUCUGGUCCCGCCGUAAAGAGCUACUGGAGCCGCCACUUCCUGGUGGACCUGCUGGCGGUGGCAGUGCCCGUGGUGCCCACUGUGGCAUGGCUGUGCAGGGGGCCGCGGCGUGACGGCCUGCCCAUUUACCACUUCGGCUCCUUGCUGCGUGGCUGCUGUACGGUGGCCCUCUCCUCCCUGCGCAGGAGCGGGGGAGUCAGGCACUACCCAGCGGGCACCGGUGGGGGGGCCAUGCAGGGUACUGAAAUCUGAGGCUGGCCCAGUGACACUGGGAACUGCACACACAGCCCUGACAUUUCUGGCCCUGGGUUGUCUUUCAUCUGAAGUUCUGGGUUCAGGAAGAAUGGGAGCCAUGAUUCUGAAAACUAGAUGAUUCUGAAGACCGUCUCAGUAAAGCGUGGGACCCUCUGCUUUGAGCCUUGUCCACCUCUUCUACUGAACUGAGAAGGGACACCAGGUUGUUCUGAACUGAAACGAAUGGCAGAACUGAACCACAGGGUGGGAACUGAAUGACCUGAACGUGACGGUUGGUGGGUGUGAUCUCUUGUGUGCAGGGAGACUGAAAGUUAUGUCCAUGUCUGUGGAUCUCUUUGGUCCAAUUUCAUUUGAACCAGUGUAAGUAUGUGUGCUCACACAACGUGGGGGUGUGACGUAUGUGUUCUUGUCGUGUCAUGUUGUGUAGCCAAGUAUGUACAUUGUGUAGCCAAAGCGCCUGGGUGUACGGAGGCUGUCACAGCCUUAGCAGGGCAGUAAUUGGUAUUUUUACUCAUGACUGAGUGGAAUGUUGACAUGUGGCACUUCUCCCCAGGCGGUACCAGGUGAGCUGCUGUACAUAUCUGCUUCGUCCACUGGUGUCAAGAUUAAGUCACUCUUGUAGCAUUAAGUUCAUCCAUCAUCCAAGAGUUAGUCAUUCCAUAUUCAUCAACCAGAAUCUUCUCAAGAUGGAUGCAUUUCUAAAGAUGUGAGAAUUCAAACUGAGUUUAUUUUUCUUAAGAAAAUAUAUUGAAAAAAUUGGUUAUGGGCCAUUUUAUUUGGGUGUUGGCAAUGAGCGUAAUAUGAAAUACAAUUAUGGCAGAAUCCGAGUGUCUUGUAAAGAAAUGUAGUCUUCGAGAUUAAUUGAAAGGCUGAGAAAAACAUGUACUGUAAUGGUGUUAUUCUUUCUUAGGGAUGUUUGAGCCAAACGGGGGCUAACUCACAUCAUAAGAUUGUGAUGCAAGAAGCAAAACCGUCCUUUGAGUUGAACUAUAAUUGUUUUCUUCAGAGAAGAAAAGGAGUCAAUCGUAUUUCUUUAGUAGUUGAUUAACCUUUUGUUUUGCACUAUUAUUCACUUUAUGAGGUUAAGAAAUUACUUGAAGUCAAGUUUGUGUAUUUCCAAAGUCUAACAUGUCCAAAGUUUCAUGUCUGAGGGUUUUUGUGUUGAACAUACUACUGUUGAACAGCAUCACUUUUAGGGGAAUUAUGCUUUGAAAACAAGGUUUGAAAUAAUUAGCUGUAACCACAUUGUGAGUAGAAUUGAGAUUGUGGUAUAGAAAAAUAUUAUAUUCUCUUUAACAUAGAAAAACACUUGCAUUGCAUCCACGUAUUUUGCUUGACAUAACAGGUUUAGCCUUAGGGAAAUAUUCUUCUGUCCUUGUCUGAUUGUUUUGCAGCUUUUUUCAACAUGCACAACAUGUGCAUUUAUUUUGUUGUCCAUUCUUUCUGUUGCUUGACAAUCACUUCUGUGUGUGUUCAUUCUUAUUUGACUCAUUGCUAUGACAUCUAACACUAACAACUAGUGAAACACACACGAGCAGCAAUGAAAAGAUUGAUGAAUGACCUGCUUUGAGGCCUCUCAUAGAACACAUUUUUUACUACUUAUUUCAAUAUCAGCUCUCUCCCGCACCUUGUUGGAAUUUGUGGUGUGACUACACAUUCUGCCUGUAUGUAAUUUCUCUGCACCUAACCCCCCCCACCCCCACCCC